CCAUCUCCAAUCCUAAUUUUAGCGAUUUGAGCCCACCCCUAGGCUGCCCUAGUUAUAAGCGCUGCAACACCGAGUAGCAUUAUCACCCUCGAAGGAUUCACUAUCGUAUGCGUGCUUAGAGGCAUUGGAGGAGUCUGGCCGACUUGUACAAUACCAUCGCAUCAGAAGGAUUCACUUCGUGACGCUGUAAUCGUAUCAUCUAACGCGAAGAAGGCAUGAAAGGAUGGACUUGGAUGAUCUUAGAUGUUCUUAGGUGGUUAGGUAUCUCGAAUAUGAUUUGGUCCUUUAAAUGCUUCGGCGUCGCUUACGCGAUCUCGAUUCGUCCUCCCCUCCUAACCUAGGGACUGUCCUACCGUUUUCCGUUAUACCUACGUGUAGUCGUGUACCUAUUAAUCAAGCCGUCAGCCUGUUGGUACUCAUCUGUCAGCAAGCCCAUUAAUUUUCUCAAGACGUACAAGUGUUGCAGUAGUUGGUCGAAAAACACUAGAAGCCUUACACAAGUUCCAACCGAACCAAGCAAUUGUGUUAUCACCAACAGAUUAAAAACACAACCGAGAGAGUCUUCUAGGACUAGGUAGCAUCAAAUAUGGCGGCGCCACCACCUUCGCCAGACCAGUUUCCACCUGGGUAUCUGGAAGAAGACCACGGCGGGCGAGUGAUUGCUGCUGUUACCACUAUUCUCGUUAUAACCACAAUCCUUUUUGGGCUGCGACUUUGGGCAAGAAGCUUGACAACAGCACAGCGAGGAUGGGACGACCAUGUAUUAAUUCCAGCUUAUAUAUUCUUGCUGGCAUUGUGUGGGAGCCUGUAUGCUGAGGUAAAACAGGCUGGGCUUGGUAGACAUACCGUGGCGGUGGUAAUGGAGGAUCCCAACAAAGUGACCAAAUAUCUUCUGCUGCUGUAUCUCUUGGAUUGGUUCUACGUCCCGUCCAAUAUGCUAUCCCGAGUCUCUGUAGUCAUCUUGUACCUACGCAUCUUUACCGACAAAUGGGCGCGAGCUGCUUGCUGGGGCGUCAUAGGCUUCUUGGUCGCGAAUUGCCUCGCCACCAUCAUCGCUGCUCAGCUCGAAUGUACGCCCCUUGCGUUUACCUGGGACAAGAACAUCGAGGGCGGCAGAUGCUUCAACCAGAUACUAUGGUACCAACUUACCAACUUCCCCAACAUCAUAGGCGACGUCAUGAUUAUGAUUCUACCCAUUAGAACCGUCUGGGGAAUAAAGGCCUCUGUCGGGCGAAAAGCUGGUAUUGCGUCUGUCUGCCUGACAGGCAGUAUCGGUUUGAUAGCCUCGUGCGUGCGUACCAGCGUGUUCUAUAUCCAGGCGGAUGUGAUUAUGACUGACCCAACAUUUGCCGACGAGGCAUUUUCAUGGACGGCAAUCGAAUGUGGCAUGUACUUCUCGGCCGCUUGUCUAAUAGGAUUACGGCCACUCCUUGCCCGCCUACCGCAUUUCGUCAAAAAGCGCGUCCUAAAUGCAUCGGACAAUGCUGGAGGCACUUACGCGCAUCAAACCAAUAAGAUGCACCUAGGCAAGUACUACAAUAGCCACUAUGCUAGUAUCGUGGCCGACGACGAGAUUGGUCUACGGAGCCAAGGUGAGAUUCCGCUUCGGCCUACGAUACCACCCGCACACUUCGGCCGCGAUCCUUACGGGAAGGAUCUGAGCAAAAGCGAAAUUCGCGUAGAGACCAAUAUCGAAAUUCGGAGGGAUUUCGAUCGGUCUUAUCCUUGAUGUGAUUUUCGGGCGGGAAUUGGUGGGGUUAUUUUUCUUUUUUUAUGCUGGUACUUUUAACGGACUUAGAGAUGGUGGCAUCUCUGUAUGUAAAGCAUCCGAAAGUAUAUAAAAAUCUCUGGCUUGGUAUGAAUCUAGAGUGGAUUUCUAAACGUGGACAUGUCUUAAGAUCCUUUCAAAGUACUUCAAGGUUUUAAGCCCAAGGCCCAUGGUUUAACUGAAUCAUCGCUAUUUAGGUACUUAAUACCAAACAUGCGAAGCUCAUACUAUAGAAGCUGAAGCGUCUACGUAG